UGACAUCUGGAUUCACUUUGCAACAUGGCGGCUGCUGGACAAGAGAUCCGCGUGCGUCGCGCCGACUGGCGCCACGUGCCACGAGAGGAGAAGUUUGAGCUGUCCGACAUGGACCACACCAUGCCAAAGAUAUUCGUCCCAAUAGUCGAAGUUUUUGAGCUCCCGGACGGAGCAGACAAGGACGAAAUCGUCACGACCUUCCGAAAAGGCCUCGAGUAUGCCCUGACGCAGUACCCGGUCGUCAACGGCUCUCUUCACAUGGACGAGGACAAUGGCCGCCUGUGGGUUGUCGCAAAGCGUACUGAUGCCGUGAGCCUUUUUGUAGAGCACCUCGACGGGGAUGACGAGGAGGCGCAGCAUCCAUCUUUCCAAGAGCUCGCAGCACGGCACUUCCCGGCAUCUGAGCUGCUCCCAGACAAGCUCCUGCCGAAGGUGGUCACGGAAAAGAUGAUCUUCUCUCCAGUGGGACAGGACGCUAAGGACGGGUUGAUGGUCGCCACUUUCCAGAUCACGUUCAUCAAGGGGGGCUUCAUCCUCGGCCUGGCCAUGCACCACAGCCUUACCGAUGCCCCCGGCGCUGAUGGGUUCCUCACCACGUGGGCGGAGAACUCCAUGGCUGCCAAGCACGGCACUGCCUUCAAGCCAAUCGACGAUGCCAACCGCGACCGCUCGCGCCUCAGCGCGCCCAAGGCACCCAGCGCCGAGCGGUGGAAGCAGCUGGACGGCAAGUUCACGACGCUCAAGGACGUGGGCGGUCCGACCCCCCCGCCACCCGCGGACUUUGUAGUCCCACCAAUCGUCAGCCGCAUCUGGCACCUGACCCGGGCAAGCCUCGAGCAGCUCAAGGCAGACGCCUCGCCGGCCCAGGCAGGGGACGGACUCGGAGGGUGGAUCUCGACCUACGACGCCGUGAUGGCGCUCUUCUGGAAGACCAUGACGCGCGCCAAGAUCCCCCUGCUCAGGCCGUCCAUGGACGACAGGAGCAGCAUCAUCCACCCCGCCAACGCCCGCUCCAGGCUCGACCCGCCGCUGCCGCCGCGGUACCUGGGCAACGGGUGCGCCCUGCCCCGCGCCGGGCCCCUGGCCGUGGGCGAGCUCGUCGGGGCCGACCUGCGCCGCCUGGCCCCUCUUGUGCGCCAGGGCAUCAGGGAGAUCACGCCGCAGUACACGGCCGAGAUGCCCGAGUGGGUGGCGGGCCUGCGCGACAGGCGCUGGAUCACCGUCAACAUGAACAACUUCCUGGGCAUCGACCUGGCCGGGACCAGCUGGCAGGGCAUGGAGGCGUACCGGAAGCAUGACUUUGGAUUCGGCCUGCCGGUGGCGCUGAGGUGGCCGAACCCCCAGUUUGAGGGCUACGUGUUCAUAUUUCCCCAGAGGACUGGCGUCAGAGGCGCCGCGCCGGAUGAGGGUCUGGAGGUCUGCGUGUGUCUGGAGGAGGGGUGUGCGGACCGGUUAUUGGAGGAUGAAGAAUUGUUGAAGUAUGCUCAUGUAAGGCUGUAA